AUGUAUUCUAAAAACCGUGUCAAGGACGCUCAUACAAUCAUCGAUUUAGCCAUGUACAAUUACGAAGAGUUGAAAGAUCUGGUCAACCAUCCAUCGUAUAAACUUCGGAAAAAGCUCGACUUGAUCUUGAAUUGGCUAUUUCCUAAGAUAUGGAUCCCACGAUAUUCAAUGGUAACGUUCACCAGAAUUCCGUACCAUAUGGUUGUAGAGGACCGUCAAUGGCAGGAUAAGGUACUUGCAAGAUUGCAGUUCUCUUUUGUGAGCAUAACAGCUGUACU